CACAACUUGACUGCGGAGCUGGCGUUAAUUUGGCACAAGACAAGAAGAGUAUCGGAGUACCUACCGAGGAGAAGUCUGCGGGGUGCUUGCAUCUUCUGGUGUUCCCACAACUGCCCGGACUGCCUGUUAAACUCUGAAGUCUGGAUUGCUUUCUUCGCUUUGAGCUGCUUGAGCACAUUGUUACCUGUUGGUGCUACAAGCCACACGCAAGACAUACGUGAGCUCCAGACGUGGAUUGCAAGCUAUAAAGAUAAGCUUCUUGGGUGUGACACGUUGCUGUACACGCCAUGCUACGAGGACAUCAAUCUGUCCUGCACAGAUAUGACAAUGCAAUGCUUCCUUCUGGAAAUGGAGGUCAUGCUGUUUGAGAUGGAGUUAUUUGACGCCGACCACAACAUACAGGCGAGGAAGAAUGACAGUCUGCUACGUCAGCUACCCCAGAAUAGGUGCAAACUGUGCGAAAUGCACGACAUGAACAAUUGCACAGUGUUCCUGGAGAAGUUCGAAGACUUUCUGCAAAUCAUACUAGACCAAAUCCACAGCUGAUAGCCAUUCCAAGAAAUUGAUACCAGAAUGGAUGUAAACGCAGCGGCAUUUCUGGGACAUGCUCAUGGGUUUCUCUACGGACCAGGGAGUGGUGAGCAUUCUUGGGAAGUGAACCUCUGGCGAUACUUAAUUUUUUUUUUUAAACCUAUCCAACGGUGGGGGGGGCGGGGCCCCGAACUGGAUUUUUUGUGUGACGAACAGCCCCAAUGCACCUGACUCACAGCAGCGCCACCGGUCUCCUGAGAGAACUUUUCUGUGGGGAAAAAUGUUCUGAGGGCGGAAGAGGGAGAUAACCAGAUAAUCAGACAGUAGGGAAUGUGGGCCCAAGCGACUGGAAGAGGCAGAACCAACCAAGUCUUUGUCCCUCCUCUUUUGGUUUUAAAUUUUUCCUUCUGCCUUAAGAACAUUUUUGUGUAAGUGAAAUUCCCAUGUCGAGAAGAAGUGGAAUGUACAACGAGUGUGUUGAUCUGUGACCUUCUGUUCAACAAUCCCAGUCAGGGCUUCGAUUCUCUUUGCCACUCAUCAGUAUCGCGGUAAGAAUGCAGCACGUAACAUUCAAGGCAUCUUCAUACACUUCCAAAACUAUGAAGGCAUUAAACCGUCCAAAAAAAUUAAAAUAAAACCUGGGACAAUAAUGUACACUCCAAGGUUUAUCUACCCUGUGAGUUUUCUACAUGCACAAGGUUUACAGUUCUAAUAUCCAUUUCAGGGUAGGUUUUCGUAUUUCACAAUAAACUGCUGUUUUAAUGCACUUUGGAAAAGCUGAUUUUGGUAUACGUGCAUGUUCGAACAACGUGCCACAUGGAUUGUAAGCGAAAAUGGAUAUCUAUUAUAUCUAUUAUCAUUAUGAAAAACGUUUGUUAAGUAUAACAAUGUAUUGUUCGUAAACAUCCAGUCUUUACGAAAGUCAGUAGCCAUAUUGUGAAAACUAUAUUAUGGAUAUAUUAGACUGCAUGCAUUCAGCGGUCACUUUAUUACGCAUCCAUACAUAGAACCAAGUAGGAAGUUUCCCUUUAUGUCUCCAGAACUGCAUUUAGGGUCUCACUUUGGACAGUCAUACUCUGUGUUAAGUAUCAGUUAAUAAUAAUGCAGCCACUGAGUAUAUGUUGAACAUUUACUUGUGCACUUUGAAAGUGUCUGAGUUAUAGAUCGCGUCCUUUUAAUGUUACUUAAGCUACUAAUAAACAGUGGUUUGUAUCACAGGUUCUCUACCUUAUGCAUUUUAGAAAUAUAUAUAUUUUAUUUAAAAAAAGUUGAUUUUGAUAUAUAACAAUAAAAAGCAUGAUGCUGUA